GAGGGUUGGUUUCUUUUUGCUUAUCUAUUUUCCUGCGUAUCCAAAACAAUACCACUGCUUACAAAUGAUGUAUCUUUAGAACCCCAAACCAAAAAUCGCUUCUCUUUUUCAACUCUUGAAAUGCAGUCUCGUGUUUGAAUCAGUUCCGACAUUGUCUGUAACAGAUGCAGCUGGUUGAGUUGGAGUUUGAGGUUAGUUGCUCAUUUCAGUUUCACCAAUUUCCGGAUCUGAAAGGCCGCCCUGCUUCUUUUACAAAUGCGGCUGACUGCUGAGCCCACCUCCGUUCAACCUUUACUUUCACUCAACUCCUGUUAGCUCCCCUCACUCACUCCUCAAUUGGAUUUGGAUGCUGUUUCCCAAGGAUAUCAGCGUCGUCUACAGAGGUUACAUUUUCCUCACCAUAGUCAUUGCCAUAUUCCCUGCACCAAACCUCAACCUAUGAAGUUCUGCCUGAGUUCAGUGUUUUCUCUCCUUGUCAUCAUAUGCAAUUUUCUUCCUCUAAUAGUUGCUGAUCUAAACUCAGAUAAGCAAGCCCUUCUUGAAUUUGCUGCUGCUGUCCGCCACCGUCGAAAUCUUAACUGGAACUCAACCAACCCAAUAUGCACGUCCUGGGUUGGCGUCAAGUGCACUCAAGAUAAUUCUGGUGUGUUUUCCCUCAGGCUUCCCGGGGUUGGAUUCAUAGGCAGUAUCCCGUCCAACAUCCUUGGUAAAUUAGGUGACCUCAGGAUUCUCAGCCUUCGAUCUAAUCGCUUCAAUGGUGAUCUUCCAUCAGAUAUUACCACCCUUCCAUCACUCCAAUACCUCUUCCUUCAACAUAAUAACUUCUCUGGCGAUCUUCCUGUUUCCUUUUCCCCCCAACUCAAUGUAUUGGAUCUUUCAUUCAAUUCCUUUACCGGCAGCAUUCCAAAAGCCAUACAAAACUUGACACUGCUUACUGGCUUGAACCUUCAGAACAACAACCUCUCUGGACCAAUUCCUAAUCUUAACCUUACUAGGCUCAAGCAUUUGAAUUUAAGUUACAACCAGCUUAGUGGUUCAAUCCCAUUACCCCUUCAAAGAUUCCCUAAUUCAUCCUUCGUAGGAAACUCACUGUUAUGUGGACUGCCUCUACAGCCCUGCUCUCAUCCUCCAUCGCCAUCUCCUGCUUAUUCUCCACCCCCACCAGCAUUUCCUCAAAAAAGAAGCUCCAAAAAGAAACUGAGUUUGGGAGUUAUUAUUGCCAUUGCAGUUGGAGGGUCUGUGGUGCUGUUUCUUUUAGCUUUAAUUAUCUUAUGCUGCUGUCUGAAGAAAAAGGAUAAUGGAGGAAGUGGUGUAUUGAAGGGGAAGGCUCCUGGUGGUGGCAGGAGUGAGAAGCCAAAAGAGGAGUUUGGCAGUGGGGUGCAAGAACCUGAGAAAAACAAGCUAGUGUUCUUUGAAGGAUGUUCUUAUAAUUUUGACCUGGAGGAUUUAUUAAGAGCUUCAGCUGAAGUUCUGGGAAAGGGUAGUUAUGGCACAGCUUAUAAGGCUGUUCUCGAGGAAUCCACAACAGUGGUAGUGAAGAGGCUGAAGGAAGUGGUUGUAAGUAAGAAGGAUUUUGAGCAGCAGAUGGAGAUUAUAGGAAGAGUUGGGCAGCACCGAAAUGUUGUACCACUCCGAGCUUAUUAUUACUCCAAGGAUGAGAAGCUCUUAGUUUAUGAUUAUUUACCAGGCGGCAGCUUAUCCACACUUUUGCAUGGAAACAAGGGGGGUGGAAGAACCCCAUUAGACUGGGAAUCCAGAGUAAAAAUCUCCCUUGGCGUUGCCAGAGGAAUUGCCCACGUCCAUUCUAUGGGAGGUCCAAAAUUUACUCAUGGAAAUGUCAAGUCCUCAAAUGUUCUCCUCAAUCAAGAUCUUGACGGGUGCAUCUCUGAUUUGGGUUUGACUCCUCUUAUGAAUGUCCCUGCGACUCCAUCACGGACAGCAGGGUAUCGUGCUCCUGAGGUGAUUGAAACCCGUAAGCAUACUCAUAAAUCGGAUGUGUACAGCUUUGGUGUCCUGCUCCUUGAGAUGCUGACUGGGAAAGCACCACUCCAAUCACCUAGACGGGACGACAUGGUUGAUCUUCCUAGGUGGGUUCAAUCUGUUGUGAGGGAGGAAUGGACAGCCGAGGUGUUUGACGUUGAGUUGAUGAGGUUCCAAAACAUUGAAGAAGAAAUGGUGCAGAUGUUACAAAUUGCAAUGGCAUGUGUGGCGAAGGUGCCAGACAUGCGACCUAACAUGGAUGAAGUUGUUAGAAUGAUCGAAGAAGUCCGGCAAUCAGACUCAGAGAACCGGCCUUCUUCUGAAGAGAACAAGUGAAAAGAUUCAAAUGUGCAGACGCCGUCAUUGUCCAAACCAAACGCAGCUGCAUUGUGCUUUUAGGAAUGGGCUAGUAAGGUUUUCCCACACAUUAUCUGACCUUACAUGCAUGCCUGGCUUCUCAAAGUUAAAGUCAGUGUGGUUGUGUAAUUUUUCUGAUUCUGAGGGAUGAAGUGUUAUGUAUUUUUCACAUUAAUUUAAUUAGGAGGGUUUUCUUUUUCCGGAUUUGUUGUAAUAUUCAUAUUCAGCAAUUGAUUUGCGCUUACUUCAAUGAAAUUAAGAACUUUUGAGUAUCCUUUUCAAUAUUGCUUACUGGUCUAUUCCUUACCUGCGAAAGUAAAUGUUAGUGGGUUGGGUAGGUAGUUGGUCCAAGUGGCUUUUACAUCUAACAUCUUCAUGUUAUUACUCCAAGCUUUGCUGUCGUGAUCUUAGUUAAGUAAUUUUUCCUUUUCCGGUCAAAAAUAUGUUGGCUUGAGCUAAGGGCCAAGGAGU